AUGUCGGGCCGCAUUCAACACGGCCGCAUCGGCAAAUACACUUAUCCAGAUAAAAGGGCUUUUCCCACUCUUGAUAAGCCAUACUUCUUCAAACCUACCGCGGACAACCGGCGUUUACGCCCUUACAACAAGACACGUUAUGUGUUCAACUUCUCCCAAUGGGAAGGCAAAACUGUUCAUGAGUUGGCCUUCGACGAGCGAGACCGCGGUGGUCUCGACUUCCUCUUUUUCAUCGUUAGCGACAAGUUCGAUUUGGCGCGUCGCCCCGACCUCAUCAUUGCACUGCGCUCCCUUCAAUAUAGCUAUUAUAACAAUUAUCUCUUCCCGACAUUCACUACGGGGCUCACCAAACGAGGAUUCAAGAGGGGGUUGAGAAAAGGAGCGUGGAAUCUAUCGUACGAAAAAACACCGUUCGACCACUUCAUCGAAUUGUCAGAACCUCACAAGAUACAUCGAUGGACGCGUAAAAAGCCGGAUGUUACCUUCGAUGCGGAGCCACUCGCUGCACUGCGGCCUGAAGGCGCAGACCUGGAACAAAGGAGUGCAUGGGACGCGUACCCGAUACGUCUAACUUUCUAUGGAGUCCCGACCCGAAUUGAACGCUUGUUCAUCGAUGACCCAGAGAAGAAGGCGACCUACCUCACCGUAUCACCCGCCGGAAUUCAAGGACACGAUAUUGAAGAUAAGUUUAUCAAUCUCACCAUGAAGCUUGAUGAGGAAGGCAGAGAGCCUGGUUGGGCAGAAAGUAUGCUAGGCCUUCCUUUCCACUUCUCAGGAGCUCUUUGCAGUACAGAUACCGUCGACUUGGUGGACACAAAUUUUGAAAAGGUGGAUGACGAGUUCGAUAUCAAAAGCGGGCUUCGCUUUGAACUAAGAGGUACUGUUGGUACUGUUGAUGAUGGAAAAGUAUCUGUCAAGCCAGACUGGAUGGAUCCACGGCUCUUGGAAGAUCAGAGAAAUCGCGAAACGAUGCACAUGACUUUAAAUGAGGGUGUUCAAGUCCCAGUUGUUGGAGAGAAGUAUCUGAUCAAGGGUAUCAUUCCGCCGCCAGACCGCGACAGGUGGGAGCGGCGUCUAUUCGAUUGGAAACAAGCUACGCUACCGGACGGAGUUUGGAAGGCUUUCGUAUUUGAUCGCAUUGCGGAGUAG